GGUCGAGGCGGAGGGGAGGGGGUCACGCAGGCGCAGUGCGGCCUCUCCGCCGAGUGUUGUGGCGGGGGAACGACGGAGGACGCCAUCUUGGUGGUGCCGUGCCGGGAGCCGCGGGCAGCGGGGCUCGCCGCCCAGCCUCUCCUGGUGGCCUGUCCGUUAAGUUGAUUUUACAGAAUUUAUCAGGUCUUCAAAGCAUAAACAGGUGAUUUUUGCUGUGGGUUGAGCUCAGCAUGGCUGUAGUCAUCCGUUUACAGGGGCUUCCUGUUGUUGCGGGUCCUCCAGAUAUUCGUCGUUUCUUCUUGGGAUUGAAUAUUCCUGAUGGAGGUGUGCAUAUUAUUGGAGGAGAGAUUGGGGAGGCUUUUAUUAUAUUUGCAACAGACGAAGAUGCACGGCGUGCCAUGAGCUGUUCAGGAGGGUUUAUCAAGGACUCGCGCAUAGAGCUCUUUCUCAGCAGCAAGGCAGAAAUGCAGAGUACCAUAGAAAUGAGCCGGAAACGAUUUGACCGUGGGGGACGAGAAACUAUGUCUGGCUCUAGAAGAACAGGUACUAAUGGUUCUGGUGCAGCGGGUGUUGGAGAUGUUCCGCAUUUAGUCACGGCUUUUCCAAAAGGAAUAAGUAAACCUGGUUAUGGUCCACCAAAUCAUCCAGAGGCUGGUUUCCAUACCAAUGGCAUGAGACAUGGUGAUAUAGGUAUGCCUAAAUCAAGCUAUCAGUCAAGAAGGGAUUCUCAUCCAUUUAACCCAGAUGACCUUUACUUAUUUCUACGUGGUAUACCUUACUCUGCAACAGAAGAUGAAGUACGUGCUUUCCUCUCUGGGAUACAUGUGGAUGGAGUGAUUCUGAUAAAGCAUCGCAAUGGUUUAAACAAUGGUGAUUGCUUGGUAAAAUUUGCUACGCCUGGUGAUGCCUUAGAAGGACUUAAACGUCAUAGACAAUACAUGGGUCAGAGGUUUAUAGAAAUUAGCCCAUCUACAGAGGAACGGUGGAUUGAAUACGGUGGCAGGGUAGACAUGCCAAAUGAAAUGGAUCGCUUUUUCUGUGAAGACCGGUCCCCAAGAAGUUCAGGCUACAUGCAUUCAAGGAAGCAUUCUCAUUCAAGAUCACCAAGGAGACAAAGAACACGUUCUCGUUCACCUCCCAACCAGGAAUAUUACAUACACUUAAGAAAUCUAUCUACUAAUGUGGAGAAGAGAGAUUUGAGAGCUUUUUUUCCUGAUCUGGAUAUAGGCAGCAAACAAAUCAAGCUUCUAACAGAUAAGCAUCAGAGGAGGACUAGAGAUGCCUUUGUGAUGUUAAGGAGUGAGAGAGAUUAUCAGGCUGCUUUGGAAUGUCAUAGAAAGGUUCUUCUCAACCGUCCCGUUUACAUUUUUCCAAUUUCAAAAAAGUCAAUGUUGAAAAUAAUUGAUUCUUGUGAGAGGAAAAGAUCGCAGGACAGAGAUCAUCCUGGACAGGCCAUACCAGAAAAAAGUUACCGGGAAGGUCAUUCCGGCCCUAAGAUUUGCGUUUAUGUAAGGAAUUUUCCAUUUGACGUGUCAAAAAUUGAAGUGCAAAAGUUUUUUGCAAGAUUUGAUGUUGAUGAAGAUGAUAUUUACUUGCUCUAUGAUGACAAAGGAGUUGGACUGGGAGAAGCAUUAGUGAAGUUUAAAUCUGAAGAACAAGCCAUGAAAGCAGAAAAUUUAAAUCGCCGAAGAUUCUUGGGAACAGAGGUAUUAAUAAGACUUAUAUCUGAAGAUCAGAUGCAGAAGUUUGGUGUAAAUGUACCGCUGUCUGCACCAAAUGAAAUGCAGGGUCAUUCACAUCCAUAUGACAGAGGUGAGCUUUCCCGUCCAGUUGGUUCACCAUCUGGGCCACCACAAGGGCCACCCAUGCAUUCAUUUGGUCCCCCUGGAAAUUUCAGGCAUCCUUCUGAAUUUAGGCACCCCCCUGAGGACUUCAUGUGCCCUCCUAAGGAUUUUAGAGGUCCGCCACCCCUCAUGGAUUUUGGUAGUGAUGGUGAACCUUUUGGCAGAAUGGAGUUUGGGAAUAAUAAAAUGGGAAAUUUUCCUGAAGGAAGAUUUAUGCCGGAUCCAAAUUUCAGUGGUGGUUCUGAACGUGUUGUUCCUAUUCGAUUGAAAAAUUUACCUUUUAAAGCUACUCCUAAUGAGAUUCUGGAUUUUUUCUAUGGCUACAGAGUCAUACCAGAGUCAGUUUCUGUACAGUAUAACGAACAAGGAUUACCUUCAGGUGAUGCCAUCGUUGCUAUGACAAACUAUGAGGAAGCUAUGGCUGCUAUUAAUGAACUGAAUGAUAGGCCAAUUGGUCCACGGAAAGUUAAGUUGAGCUUGCUGUGAAGGAGUGAAAGAUGCUCUAGAAUAAGACGUUCUAGAUUUGACAGUAUUGACGGUUAUUUUCACUUUUUUAAUUACUGGAAGAUGCAGAAAAAGCUGUUUCCAUCAACGGUUGUAAAUAGUUCAGUUGUUUAGCUCUUCGUUGAAAAUAUCUGUAUGGUUAAGAUACGGGAACUGUAUUGUGCCUACUUCUUGUGGCAGAGAAGAGCCCAGAAAUUCUGGAGGAUAUUGAAUGUCUUACAUCAAGGUAUAAAGGCAUGGAGUUGUAAUGCUUUGGAUUUUUUUGUUUGCUUUAAUUCCAUGUCCCAUGACUUUGCAUCAAAUAAAAUUGCAAGUGCUGGUUGAUUGACUACACAAACGGUUUAAACAGAACUACUUCAGUGCUACCUGCACUAGUAAAUAACAUUUCUUACUGAGAUUAGCUUAAUAAAAUCUAAAAAUGACAGAAUUUUUCUUUUUUUUUGUGUAAACUGUUCAGGUUUUUUUUCGGUUUCAUGUGGUUGCAGGCAUUUCUAUUAAAAGAAGAAAAAGCUUCCUGUUCACAUAGCUGGCUUUACAACUUUUUUUUAAAUAAAAAAGAAAUUGCCAUUAAAUGUGUGUCUUAUAUUUAAAGUUCGUAUAGUUAAUGAUCUCAACUGUUAUGUUCCGCAUACAUGGGUCUUGGUGAGAAUGAUGCUGGCUCCUUCCUCUAGAGAGUGAACUAUUACAGUUUGUCAACACAGCGAUGAAUAGGUAGUUAACAAAGGCUGCAAAAUCUGUAUUAAAAAGUUGGAUAGGCUUUCUUGUUCUAAUCACUCACUGUAGUACCUUGAAGCAGAAAAUGAAUGUUGGAAUUAGAUCAAGAAUUCUGGCUUCAGCCUGAGCUUUCGGAGUGGUCUUUAUCUCCGUAUGCUUGUAAUAUGAAUAUUAGCUUGCUAAUGAUGUCUGGAUGCAUUCCAGGUCAAUCUCUGAUUAGUUUUAACUAAUACCUGUCACUGGCAAUCAAACCGACAACCAAAUAUGUUAUUUUCUUAUGUAAGAAAAUAAAUGCUUUGUCAGUAUUUAGAAUGCUUUGCAUAUUUAAAUUUUAGGAAGAAAUAAAAGCUAGCCUGUCUGAGGAAAAACUGCAUCUUCAAAAUUCAGGCUUGGUAGGAAACUUUGGUUGUGUGAGUAAGGACUUUGUUGACAUUGCAACUGUACAAGAUAGUACUUGAAGUACUAAUGAAUUUUAUGAAUUUUAGUCUCCUCUCAAACUAAGACAAUAGAAUUGCAACUUAGUGAUGAAAACUUCUUUUAACCUUUGCUUGGGCAGUACCAAAAAAUCAUAGAUUCAUGGAGUAGUUGAGGUUGGAAGGAACCUGGGGGUCUCUAGUGCAACCCCCUUCUCAAAAGCAGCAUCAACUAGAAUAGGUUAUUCAAGGCCUUGGUGGUUGGGUUUUCAAUAGAGACUCCACAGCCUCUCUAAGGAGACUGUUCCAGUGAUUGAUUAUCCUCACUGGUGAUCAAAGCUUAAUUACUUUGUUUAUGUAAAGUCAUCAUUAUUACUAAACUUACAUGUAAACUCUUUGAGUAGAAGCAAACAAAAUCAAGAGAAACUUUUUUUGUUCUGUAAUUUUUAAGUGGCCAGUGUAGCUUUAUUUCUUCUGCAUAUUACUUGUCCUCUGUUUUAAGUGCUAGGAAAAAAGCAUUUUGAAUGAGAAUGAUAAUGCCAAGUCCGUAUCUGUAGAUUCUUCUGAGCAAAGAAACUUAAAUGUGGCCAAAUUUUCAAAUUCUGAACACUUACAUGCCUUUUUUUCCUGUCUGGUAGGAAUUAGCUUCAGAAGCGUACUGUUCUGAAUCCUCUUCUGAAUUUAAACGGAAUUAAGAUAAAAUCCAACAAAUUGAUGCUUUUAUUUCAUACCUGCUAUAAAGGAGGUCAAGGAGCCAGAAGACUGCAGGGAAAAUAAAGAUGUGUUAUGAGAAUCCUCAAAAUAAACUUGUCUGAUCUAAUCAUGCUGUUGAAAACUUAAUCGUGAUUAUUUUUGUAAGCCAGCAUCAUCUUUACUACUAAUUCUUGCCUCUCUGUUACCAGCUGUGUUGUAAACAUGAAUGCAAUUAACUUCUCCAGUUAAUCAGCUUUGGAUGAUUUGUUGGUUUUAAAGGUCUUCUAGCUACACAACAGGAGAUUUCAAACACUGAAAAUAAAUUGGUAAACUUUUUACUGGUUCUAGAGUAAUGUUGUACAUACAUAUGAAUUCUCGUAACGAAAAAAGGGAUCUGGAGACUGGGAAGAUAAGGGAGUUUAGUAGGUUUUUUGCCCAUAAAGUGUGAGAUUAUCUUUUAGAAAAAGCAUUAUCUGUUCUCAAGAAAGUUAGUGUAAUUGCUGAUAACAUAAAUUUUUGGGAUGGUAAACUUUUCUUCCCCUAGUGAAUACAUAAGAGUCAUCAAGCUUGUAAUGGCAGAGGUCAUAAUUAAGGCAUUUAAAAUUUAUUUUUUUUCCUCUGUAGCGAAUUUGCCUUUAAUUUAAAGGUUAAUCUGAAACGUCUACUGUUAGGCUAAAAAAGUGUGGGUUUUUUAUAGGUCUAUAAAGACAAAAGCUGUACUUCAAAGUAUGUACAGAUGACCUGAAGCAGAGGGAAACAGGGAAGGGAUGCCAGUGCAUCAGUUAAAUAAUAAGGUUAAUAGGACACUCCGAUUCUGCCUGAAUAGGUGGUGCAGGUGGAUGGUAUGUGGUGACAGUGUUUCCCGAUAAUAAGGUUUUAUAACUUCAGAUGUUUAAUGGUUUGGAGGCACUGUACUUUCAGUAUAAAGGACAAAUCAGUGACAGCCCAUAAUUUCAUGGCUUGAAUUACUGUUCUUCCUUUUUAAGUACCAUCUGUAUAGUAAAAGAAUAACAGGAAAUGCUGCAGUUUGUGGUGUUGAUAUAAAAUACAGGUAGUUUGCCUAGUUACGCUUACUGUGAAGUUGCUUUUGCUACCAUUGUCCAAAAAUUAUGAUUCAAAGGAAAACAGUCUUUGUCAUCAAAAAUUAGUAAUCAUGUACAGAAGCAGCUUGAGGCUUUCAGGAAAGCUAUAACAUGACAAUCUGAUGAGUGCAAGAAGAUAAUCCUUAGUCCCAAAGGGAUGGGCCAUCAUGUUCAACAGAGUGGCAAAAUACUCUUAGCAAGAAUGGGUACCAGCCUGCAUCAUCCAUGUCAGUGGUCAAAAAUAUAUAUGAACAAAUGGAAUACUGUCAGGCUUGCAGUACGCGCUUACACCAUGAGAAAAAUCUUUGCAAAAGUAUCUUUAGGUAAUAUUUAGUUAUAUAAUUACAUUCUAAAUUAUUCUCCUGGCUGUAAAAUACUUUAAUCAGCAACUUUUUAAUCUAUAGUUUUGAGGUCACACAAUUUCUGUUUAACAUGAAAACUUAAGACUUCAUAUAUGCAGGACAAAGUUGCCCAAGACUAUUUCUCCCUUUCUAUAAGUUUUUCUGUAAUUCCUAAAGUCGAUUUUUUUUUUGUGAGGUAGGGGAGGAGGAAUUUGAAACUGCUGAGGAAAAAAACAGUUUUCUUUCUGAACCCUAGCUGCUAAUCUUGUAGUGGCAAUUAAUCUAAACACUGCUUCCUUUUUUAUUCAGAAGGCAUAGUAUAGAGAAAAUCACUAUUUGCGUAUUAUAUGAAAACCUGGUGUAGUCAUGAAGUUCACCAUCUGUUUUGGAGAAGGACUAUGUCACUUCACUGAAUAUGAAAUGGUAAAGUGGUGAUCAUCAUAAUUUUGAUGUUGUGAUACAAAUAUUUAUUAAAAUGCCCUCCUCGCUGAAAUAGAUGAGAAUUAGUUACCUAGAUACUUUCAAAGUUUUGGUCAUUAGUAUCCUGCUCCUUGUCAACAGUAGUUCAGUGUCAAUAGUGUGUAAUUCCGGUGUAAAACUGUUCUCUGGGUUUAAAACAGAAUGCUGUAUUGUGAUGUUUCCACUUACUUAUAUUUUCAUCACAUUAAUUUUUGGCAAAACCUGUUUUUUCACCUGUCAAAACAAGUACGCAUUGCAUACUCUGCAUCAGUGGACAAAGGCAACAUCAAUAUUAAAAACGCACUUCUAGUGCAUUUCCAUAACUGAGAGAAUAUUUGGUUAUAACUUCAGAUUGUUUCCCAGUUAAAAGUUUAAGUUCUGGAUUUAUACAUGUGUUCUUUCUUUAGCAGAUACUAAAGCUGGAGGUAAACAAUACGGUAGCAGCUCUCUGGCAGACAACCGUAUGCUAUUCAAAAACGAACAUGUACAACCACCAACUCCAAACAGGGUGAGAAAUUACACUCAAAAUGUGUAAUUUCUUGUACAUUUGAUGGAAUUGGUAACUGAAUCAACUAGUUAAACACAUGAAACUUGAACUAUAUGUCAACUAAUAUACUAAAUGUCAACUAUAUAAAAUAUCAACUAGUUUUGUUAUGAAGGCACUUUUAUUUAAAAGCAAAGCAGCAUUAAAAGUAGAUACUGGCCUAGGGACUUAUUUGUGAAUGUUCAUUCUGUAUGUGUAAAGGAAUCAAAAGUCAUCUUAAUCAAGCCUGCGGAAAACGAGAAUGAGAACAAUACACCUCACCCUGCCUUCUGCCAUCCAAGGUGGGUAACAAAAUGAAAUGUAACAGGAUUGUUGCUCUAAUCGGUUUCUCAAGUAACUACAGUUACUUUAGGAUGCGUAAAACCAAUUAUGACAGGUAUAGCUAGAGGACUUCCUAAAUCCAAGAGGUGUGUAGCUAAAGCAUAAGGUAAUAUAUUGGCAAAGUAACAAGCAAACCCUUCUGUUCAUAACUGCUUGUCAGCUUAGUGCAGUUUUUGGACGCUGUCUGUCAUGUAAGUUUAAGCAAAUGUGACUGCAAUAUAUAUCUAUGCAAAUAUAAUACAUUUCGUUUUCUAGCUACUGAAAUGGUCCCUUUUCAGCAGAUUUUUAUUCUAUUUUUUGAACCUGGUCAUUCGUUGUCUGGCACUCUACUAUUGAAGACAAUUCCUGCUCCUGUAGGAAUUUUAAAAAUACAACCUCAGUGAAGUUUUUGAUUAACACACAAAAGCCUUUACAUAAAGGGAUUUUUUUCCCCAAUCAAAAAAAAGAGACUCUUAGAACUGUUUUGUUA